AUGGCUUCCACAGUAAACCAACAGCACUCCUUCCCGGCCGUGCCUCCAUCUUUCUCCGCUGGCGAUCAUGAGAUGCGAGACUACUACGCCACCCAGGAUGCACCACGACCUACCAUAAACCAGACACCGUACCUAACACCAUACCUCGGCUUUCGAGCUAGGCUCUCACAGGCAGUGAUUAAUCGCUGGACUAUUCUACUUCUUCUCGUACUCGUACGACUUCUCUUCGCUAUUGCGGGCGUCAAAUCAAGUCUCUCUUCUGCCCGCAGGGAAGCCCUCAGCGCGUGCACCCAAGUCGAAAAUAUCGGAAGCUCCAUGGCUUCUAUGCCGCAUUACAUGUCCCAAGGUAUCAACGAAAUGACGGCAGCUGGUGUUGAAAAGGCAGUGGCUGGACUCAUGUCAAUGCUGGGUCUCAGCGUCACAGGCGUCGAGGAGAUCGUCCUCUUCGUCAUUCAUAUGAUGACAAGCACAUAUCUCUGCCUUAUCACUCUUGCUGUCAGCGGUAGUCUCCAUGCUGCCGUCGAAAUCGGCAAUGAAAUUUCUAGUGGCCUCAACAAGACCAUUGACGAAGUCACAGACGGUAUGGGCAACGCUGUCAAAUCAGUCACUGAUGGAAUCGACAAGAUGAUCAGUGUACUCAGUAGCGUGCCCUUCGCGCCGGACUUCACAAAGCCAUCCAUCAACCUAGACGAUGACAUCAACAAACUUAAAGCCCUCGAAGUACCUCCGCAGCUACAACAGGGACUCCAAGAUCUCAACAAGUCAAUCCCGACAUUCGAAGACGUGCAGAAUUUCACCGACAACGUCAUUCGCCUGCCCUUCGAAGAAGUUAAGAAGCUCAUCGCUGGCAUGGACUCUUUCGAGUUCAACAGAACCCUUCUCCCUGUACCUGCAAAGGAACAACUUACGUUUUGCUCUGAAGGCAACUCUAUCAAUGAGUUUUUCGAUGAGCUUGCGGAACUCGAGGUCACAGCCAAGAGGGUUGCACUCGCAGUCCUUAUCGUUGCUGCUAUUCUUGUCAUCGUUCCUAUGGCUUGGUCUGAGACCCGUCGCUAUCGUAAAAUGCAAGAGCGUACUUUACUCAUCAAUAAAGGACACGAUGCCAUGGAUGUCGUCUACCUGGCUUCUCGACCGCAUUCGUCCACUUGGGGCCUUUGGUUAGGCCGCCGGUUCGGAUCUACCCGCCGUCAAACACUCGUCCGCUGGGUUGUUGCCUAUGCGACGUCCCCAACCAUGCUGCUGUUGCUCUCUCUUGGGCUUGCAGGGCUCUUCUCCUGUCUUUGUCAAUACCUCCUCUUGAGGAGCAUCCAGAAGAAAGUGCCCGAGCUCACCAACCAAGUGGCCGACUUCGCCGAGAAAGUUGUCAACUCCCUCAACAAUGCUUCAAUGUCCUGGUCAGGUGGCGUUAACGGCGCUAUCUCCAGUCUCGACGAUGACAUCAACAAGGACAUUCUUGGCUGGGUUAAUACGACAACAAGCGCCGUCAAUGGCACCCUCAAUGAGUUCGUUGACAGGAUGAGCAAGGCCCUCAACGAUACCUUUGGUGGUACUGUUCUCUAUGACCCCAUCAAAGAGGUUCUCAAUUGCUUAGUUGGAUUGAAGGUUGCUGGUUUCCAGAAAGGUUUGACAUGGGUCCAGGAUCACGCCCACGUAGAAUUCCCAGGCGUGAGGAACGACACGUUCUCUCUUGGAACCCUAGCCAAAGUUAGUAAUUCUUCGACUGCUGCUGAACUCCUCGCCAACCCCGGCGGCAAGACCAAGGAUGAAAUUAGCGAAGCCGUCGACCAUGUCGUCCGCUCGUUCCUCAAUGUCUCUGAUGCGGGUAAUCCUUAUACCACUGACCCAGCCAUGGAAGAAGCUCCCCGUACCCAAGCAUACCCUGACACUGCUGCACCGCCAUACGAGUACCCUGUCAACAAAGCGGCACCAUACACAAUCCAACCCCGACCUUUCCCCACCUUCGAGCCUACUGCAACCGCAGCACCCGAAUCUCAAACCGAAAAGGUUGGCAACGUCAGUGCCUCGCACACCGUGUCGGAAUCCGCUCGUCCUGGCCACCUACGCGCUAGUAGCCACGGCCACCUUGCAGGCCCUUCGCCCCUCGAUGAGAGAAACAACCCCUUUUCCGACCGCCAUGACGAGAAGCGGAAUCCGUUCUCUAAUUAA